CUUUGAACGUGGGCGGAUAUUUCUGGUGUUUUGAAUGAGAAGGCGUGGUUUUCGUGUGUUGGGCAGUCGUUUGUGACGUCACCGCUUGACAGACAAGCCUCUGUUUAGUAACUAAGCUGCUGGCUGUGAGAUGUAACAACAAAAGACGGGCGAGCUGUGCUGUGUUGAGUCUUUGAAACAAAGGGUUUUCUGAAGCAGCCCCCAAAAGCACUGACAUCUCCCGGACCAGCCUCGCAACGCUAACCGAAGUAAACGGAUUUGGGGCCCGUGAACAGUAACCGAAGUAAACGGAUUUGGGGCCCAUAGCUUUGGACACUUAGCGUUCAACAAGACAUCCGCCUUGGAUCCGUGCAUUUAGUAGUGGAUUAUUUUGCGUAAAGCCUUGUGUCGAAAGAAACUUACAGAAACGUUAGUGGGGUAGCUGCUGGGUUCCAGUGCAUCACCACUUUUAGCGGGCAGCAUCAGUGUGGAAGAAGGGUUAGGCGAAGGAGCGUCCGACUUACCAAGCAGAGUACAUCCAAAAGGCUUGGCCCGAAUGCGGAUUGUUUAUCGAGAACCGAGUGAGUGGAUAAAGACAACGAGCGGGGGAAAAGUCUAAGAGAAAGCGGUAUAUUUAUUGGGCCGGUGUGGGUGUGCAUAUAUAUAUAUCAAAGACGCUUUCACUGAGUGUAUACCUGAGAAGACGGUCCCGAGCAGACUCUGGCACCGACCAACGCACGAGGCGUCCACGCUCUAUACGAAUAAUUAGUACAUAAAAUGGGACCCGUCAGAUUGCAUAGUUUUGAAUGAAGAGGGUCCAGUGGACUGGAUUGGAUGCGUUGCGAAAACCAAGUCGGCCAGCGUGCAUGGGACAGGCAAACGAAAACAGACACAAAAGAGAGACAAAGGUUUCCUGGAAAAAAGGAUUCUGUGCAAGGAAACAACACAGCUUUAAAAACCGCGGUCGAGCUCUCCAUGGAUAUAGAUACAGACUAUGAGAGACCAAAUGUUGAGACACUAAAAUGUGUGGUGGUUGGAGAUAACGCUGUGGGGAAGACACGACUGAUUUGUGCAAGAGCCUGUAAUGCCACCCUCACCCAGUACCAACUGCUUGCCACCCAUGUGCCUACUGUCUGGGCAAUUGACCAAUAUCGAGUGUGUCAAGAGGUGUUGGAACGGUCUCGUGAUGUUGUGGAUGAGGUCAGUGUCUCUCUACGUCUGUGGGACACCUUCGGAGAUCAUCACAAGGACAGGCGUUUUGCAUAUGGCAGAUCAGAUGUCGUGGUACUUUGUUUCUCACUUGCCAAUCCUAACUCUCUGCGCCAUGUGAAAACGAUGUGGUUCCCUGAGAUUAAGCACUUCUGUCCGCGAACCCCCAUCAUCCUUGUGGGGUGUCAGCUAGAUCUCCGUUAUGCUGAUCUUGAUGCUGUUAACCGUGCACGUCGACCACUUGCCAAGCCCAUCAAGCCAACAGAUAUACUGCCACCAGAGCGAGGUCAUGAAGUAGCUAAGGAGCUUGGCGUUCCCUAUUAUGAAACUAGUGUGGUUGCUCAAUUUGGAGUGAAAGAUGUCUUUGAUAAUGCAAUCCGCGCUGCUCUAAUCUCACGUCGACAUUUGCAGUUCUGGAAGUCCCAUCUGAAGAAGGUGCAGCGUCCCUUAUUACAGGCACCUUUUCUGCCACCAAAGCCACCUCCACCUGUUAUCAACAUCCCUGAGCGUUCCCCUCAUGAGGGUGUGGCACCUGCCACCUUGUUCUGUGUACCCAUCUGUGCUGAUGUCCUCUUUCUACUACAGGGAGGUACAUACCGCAUCUUUGCCCAUAAGAUUUACUUGGCUACUUCUUGCUCUAAAUUUUAUGACCUGUUUGUUAUGGAUCUGACAGCUGCAGACUUAUAUUUUGAAGAUGGUGAAAGAGAUAGGGAUGAGAGGAAAGGAGUAAAGGAACAAGCUGCACGCACCAAAAGUUUGGACAUUGAUAAGGACACUUUAAAUGGAAAUAGCAUAUCCCACACUCAUGGUGGGAACCUGAAGACUUCAAAGAGUGACAAUGCCCUUCCUGACAGAGCUCAGAACCAGGGUGGCAUUUUUUCUGCUAAGAACCUCUCUAGUUGGGGGAGAGGUUUUCUUAGUAUGUGUCUGGAGCAUGUUGAAGAUCCAGUUACCCACCGAACUAGGCUUAUGACAGUUGUGGCUAUGGAUUCUCUUGUUCUUCCUGGACCCUUCCAAGUUGUGUUAGAGUAUCUGUACAUGGGUAGCUUGGAUGAAAAACGUGGUGAUCUAAUGCAGGUGGCCACUAUUGCAGAGCUGCUGGAAGUUUUUGACUUGCGCAUGAUGGUGGCUAACGUUCUCAACAAAGAGAGUUUCAUGAACCAGGAGAUAACAAAGGCAUUCCAUGUCCGUCGUGCCAAUCGUAUCAAGGAGUGCUUGGUGAAAGGCACCUUUGCAGAUGUUGUCUUCCACAUGGAUGAUGGUCAACUGCCAUCUCAUAAGCCUUUGUUGAUUGCCAGUUGUGAUUGGAUGGCAGCUAUGUUUAGUGGAUCUUUCAUGGAGAGCUACAAUGACCAGGUUUCUAUUCCUAACACAAGCUGCACAUGCAUGCGGACAGUCCUUGAGUAUCUUUACACCAGCCUCUUGGCUCCUUCACCAGGGCUUGACUUACUGGAACUCAUCGAACUGGCCAGUAGGUUGUGCCUGCCACGCCUUGUUGCUCUAACAGAGCAAUAUGCAAUUGAUGAAAUGCUGAGAGCUGCGAGUCAAGGAGUUGAUAUGGAUGGACAAGUGUUGGCAUAUUUAGAAAUGGCACAGUUCUACAAUGCAAAUCAGCUGGCGGCAUGGUGUCUGCAUCACAUCUGCACAAACUACAAUAGCAUCUGUCGCAAGUUACGUAAGGAGAUGAAGGGGAUGUCACCAGAAAAUCAACAACACUUUGAGAAACAUCGCUGGCCACCUAUUUGGUUUCUAAAGGAAGAGGAUCGAUACCUGCGCUCUAAGAAAGAACGAGACAGAGAGGAAGAAAUUCUUCGGAAACAACAUACCAAGCGAAGCUGGUGCUUUUGGAAAAACACGGUCUCAUCCCACGUCUCCUGAAAGUGCCCAUCUGCUUUAGCUUGUCUACGCCAGCACUACAUGUGUGCAGACUAAAGAGUGAUACCCUUCAAAAGAGAAGUUCUCAGAAAUGCUAGGAGCUUGCAAAGAAAUAGUCACUCCUUUGACGAUGGAGUGAUGAAUUGUUUCUUUUAAGCACAGACAGUUUGAAUUGGUGUGGCUUCGCAAUUGAGGUGCUCCGCUCAAAGAAAAUUAGCAUGGAUUGUUGAUAUAAAGAUGAAAUGUUCAAGAUACAGUAUUAGCUGACGCAGCCCUGUGCAGUUGUAGUUCUCAUGGGAAAUGGUGAUACCAAUAGCAACACUGGAAGGAAGCUGCCAUGUUGGAAUGGUGCCUGUUAUCAUCUUUGCUUGCCUGUCAUUUUGGCUCCUGAAGUGUCACAGCUGACUAUGGUAAGCAGCUCUGAGAACACCAAGAAUGCAAUCCUCCAAAUCACUGCCAGACAGCAAAGGGCUGAGGUGUGAGCUGACUACGUUCUCCUACCCAAUGUUUUUGGAGCUGUGAUUUUUUUUUUUUUUUUAAAGCACAAGUAUUAACUCAAUAUUUUGAUUCUUUGUCCCGUCGCAUGAUGCCAGGGAUGACAUUUAAAUAAGUGUUUUCAUAAACCUGUGGCUGCUUACAGUGUUAUGAGGCAUGGCUUAAGGAGCCUUUCAAAUUUUCAAGCAGAUGUUAAAAGAUGCAUGAAUUCUGCUUACAUGAACCCAUGAAAAGAAAAUUCUGUGUCCCUUUAACACUGUUAUGUCAAAAACACCUCCCCACCAACAGCACUUCCCUGCAUGCCCACUCAUGCAGUGCUCUUGAUCACAUCUGUGCCUUCUGCCGGUUUACGUCCAAGGAUUUUGAACUUGUGUGUCACUCAGUUCUUUGUCCACAGAAGAUAUCUUUAAAAGACUGGACAACAGCCCUGGGCAGUGGUGGCUGUCAUGUGCUGUUGUUUACCAACAGUCUAUGGUGGUUUCCCUCCCAUUUCCCAAGUUGACGGACCCAAACUUGGAGAUGCUUCCUUUUGAGAGUUUUGAUCGAAGUUUAUGUGAUUCAAAUGUUUUCCCCAUUUGGUUGAUUUUUACUAAUCUGGCUUUGAUCCAGCUGGGAGGUAUUACUGCGGCCUUUUAUCUCCUGAGCUGGGUUAGCUGGUAGAACUUCCAGUAUCCAGUGUAUUUUGGGGUAACCCAGACAAUCUUUGGCAGUGUCCCAUGAAGGCCUUGAAUACAUGUGACUUUAUGUGGGUUUAACACUUAAAGCUUUUAAAAUGAUAGUUGAGUAGUCUCCUGUACUUGAGUUGUCAGGAGGCAGGUCCAUAGUUUGAAUAAGUUAGAAGAGUAGUCAUGAUUACUAUGAAUGCAUUUAACACAUCAGAUUGAAUUAGUAUGUGAACAGACAGACUGUACUUAAAGACACCUACCUCUGAAAGAAUCUGAUCUUGGAGAACAUUCAUCCUGAUGUAAGUAAGGACUGCAGGAGGAGGAGGAGGGUUAGCUCUGUCACUUCCUUCUUCUUUUUUUUUUUAAUAAGAGAUUAUGGUGGUGAUGAACCAAAGCUCAUCACUUGAAAAAUCUUAUCUUCCUAACGCUUUCAUGUCUCAGAUCCUACAUGAACACUGGUAUCUGGUUUGAGAUCAGGUAGCGGAUGAUUUAGCAGACAUUUAUAAGUCAUGGAGUUUGCUUCCCAGAAGACUGGGUUACUUUGACGAGCACUUUCUGGUUGAGUGUGUUAUGUUACAGGCUGUCCCACAAAUUGACCACUUUUGACUUCACUAAUACACAUAACUGUAGUUCUCUGAGCUGACAGGAAAAGUGCAGGCACUAAAAUGUGGGUGUUUGAGCGGGUAGCUGAGACUACAUCCACACUACUGUGUUUUCAUUUGAAAAUGGUGUUUUUAAACAAAAAAGUUCUCUGUCCACACUAGCAUUUUCACAUUGUUUACAAAAGUAUUUUCGUCCACAGACUAAAACGAAUGAAAACACAUAUGAAGUAAUCCCCUGCUUACGCUAGGCGUGUGUGCAACAUAGACAUCUUUAAAAGUGCAAAAGCUGUGAGAUUUUGUCACGGAUUUAAGCCUGAAUUGAAGUUGCCAACUGAUUUUCUGAGUCAGCGUGAAUUUCAGCUUCAUCAGCUGUUGUUUCAUGUGUAGCAUGAGGGUGGUUGCAAUGCUGAAUUACAUCUUACUGUCAUGUCAGAAAUUUCAUUCAGCUCUCUUGUACUGUGAGUUGUCUCACAAGUGGAUUUUUCUAAUGCUGCCAUCAAGUUUACUGAAAUUCAUUAUGCAGCCACUGCAGUGAGUGUGCGUUGCACACUUUUAGUCUGAGCACCUACAGUAUGUUGUGACAUCUCGAUCUGACAGCAUGAGCACAUAUACAACUGGUGACUGUAUUGUGCAGUGUGACUAGUCACUUGACCGCCGACGUCUAAAAAUUGCAGUAAACACAAUUUACAGUAGAUGCAUAAAAGUAAACAACACAACUACGUUAGAAUAUGUUUUGCUUCUUUGAAGGGUGACCAGUCGGGGAUUGAGACAUAAAGAAUAAGAUCCAAUCAGGGAAGGGUCACGUAAUAAGCACCAACCAACCGGAGUGUGAAGGGAGUCUGUGUUUUCAGAAAAUGUCAUUUUUGUCCUGUCCACACUGAAACACCGCACCAGUGUUUUAUUUAAAAGAAUCUGUCUCCGGAGAGCAUUUUCAGAAGUAUUCCUUUUCAUGGGUUGAAGACAUCAGUAUUAGUGUGGAUGAAAGGCAAAACUUGAAAACAAUGUCUGCGUUUUUAAAACGAAAAUGUGGUAAUGUGAUCAGGGUCUGAAACAGACAGUCAAGAUAUGUCAUCAGGAGAGCGAGUUGAAGUCACUAGCCUUACACUUGUGCACACCAGAACUCCAUGGAGAAGGACUUAAAACACUUAACAUUUGCUUUACAAAAGAGGGCUUAAAAUUCAAGAUAAAUAAUGGCGCAAUGCAAGAUACAGUUAAAAACCUUAGUAGGGUAUUGACAGAGUAGAUCCCUAAGAAGAUGAGCCAGGGGAUGGUCUGUGCAAAUGUGCUACCCAAAUUUAAAAUUGAUGUGGAUUGUAGAGGAGCAUUCCUCAGGGGUAUCAGUAAAUCAAAUAACUCAAACUGAGGGUCCAUUGUCCUUACACUAGCAGCCUAACCACAGAAUGUCCUCAUUUGCUUGUGCACUGUACCUCCCGGGCUGUAGUACCACCUUUAGCCUUGUCUCCUUAGGUGUCUUGCACUAGUGGCAUUGUCCUGAGGAGCAGCAUACAGCAACAUCUGCACAUUUCUGUAGAGUCUGUAAAGUGAGUGACAGCCAAACCUGGGGUAAAAGUCACGGCAUUUUCCUUUACUCUAUGCCAACAGUACACUUCUGAAACACUCCAACAGCUUCUCUUGUAGAUCUUAGAACAACAAUCACAGGGUAUGUUUAUGGACCCAUUAGAAGUGUGUCAAACGGCUACUAGCAACCCUGAGCUGAAGGCAACGUUUGACAUGUGGUUUGUUACCUGGUAGAGUUCUGCAUUGCCGCUGGGUCAAUUUUGACUUGGCCUUGGUAUUUUAGCUCAGGAGAGCUUUACAACCAAAGUGUAACAAGUGUCUAUCCAUUGUCCAUAGUGUAGGUCGAUUCCUAAUGGCUUACAUGAUCAAAGUAAACUCUGCCAUGUUAACCCGAAUGACUGAUUUGCUAGGCUUGGUUAAAACUGAUUCUCUGUAAACUCUUCAUCAGGGCAACUGUGCAAGUAGGCUUGGAUCUUUGUAGUCUAGAUCAGUGUAUUUCAAUCAUUGUGGCUUGUGGGGCAAUUAAAAGACGACAAAUGUUUUACUUGCGGAUCGUUUAGGUAGUAAUCGAAAGGGAAAUUGAGCGUCCACCAUUAUUUGCAUCAUAUCGGAGAGUAGGGAGAGUGGAGUCUAUGUCCAUCUUGAAGUUUGGAGCUUCCAGAUUUACUAACAUAGGAGUUUUGAGCGUAAAGAGUUGGUAGCAUUAGACUGAAGAGCAGCAGAAGGCGUCCUACUUGGAGUAUUGAGCAUCCACAUUUACUAACAAUACAUUGAUGUCUGGAAAACACCUUGGACCAUCAGUUAGGAAAGACUGGGCUAAAAUACAUUACCUGCCUGAUUCAAUGGACUGUUUUCGGUUUGCAAACUGAUUGUUGGGUGCCACUGGUCUGGUGUUCAAUGACAGAUCAGACGGAUUGGAGCAGGAAGGAUUGUCUUAAUACUACAGUGACUACAGGACAAGGGGUUUACAUGUUGAGUUGGGCACACAUGGCCAGUCUGAUCUUGAUGGAACGUCUGUUUACCUACUAGAUUUGUAUUUGUUUCAAAUGGACAUGAGUCCUCUCAUCCUUUGGUUUGUGCUCAUAUGAGCAACACUGUAUCUUGCACCCCUUUCUAAAACAGAUCCAGCUGUGUGACUGGUCAAAUGUUUGGGCUCAUCUUUGGCUUGACAUUUUAUUUCUUUCAUGUUGUUUUUGAUCAUUUCUGAACAUUUUCUUUAGGUAGGCUUUCCUAAGCAUCUAGCGCUGUGCACAUUUAUGAAGCUUAAAUUCUUUGGGUUGCAGUUGCAGUGUGUUUGGAAAAUGUAAUUCUAGCGUUGACAUUUUAUUUUAGUAUUUUAGAGAAUAGUACAUUUCAGUUAAAUAUUUACUGUGUACCUAGCAGAAUUAUUAGGCAGCACUGUAUCAAUACCUCUGAGCUACAAAAAGGCAGAUGCCUCAGGCCGACAGCUUACAAUACCCCCUUAUCAGCUCUCAUUAUCCCCUUAGCCCACUGUACACCAUGCUGUUUAUGGCCCUUUGAAGUCGGUGAACACUAAGGCCAAUGACGUUCUCUUCAGUCGGUGAGGUCCCCUGGUAUUGGUCAGCAUCGAUGUGUCUGCCACAACUUUGUUUUCCCCCCUGUUUUGUAUUUUUUAUAAACAUUUUUUUUAUUCAAUCAAGAAAACAGAUAAAGAGGUUGUGAAUCUUAAUAAAUAAAAGAAAAGGAAACAUCUGACAUUAUGAAAAUAAAAGAAUACAGGAUAAGAAAACAUACAACAAAACCAUUGGCACCCUCUAAAGCCGUACCCACCCCGACUCUGGCCUUUGGCCACUAGUAUUUUCACAUUUUUAUCAAUGAUAAAUGCAGUCCGGACAGUCAAGAAUAAAAUAAUGAAGGCAAUGGACAACACACCGACACAGUACUCAGUAUUUGUUGCAUGCCUGCCCCUGACAUGACCUGUCUCUGCUUUGGUUACUUCCAUCUUCAUUGUCUACACCUCAUCACAUCCCUUCUAGCCCGGAUGAACUGUACGUCAUAAUUCCUUCUCUUUAGUCACAAUUGAAGCUAAUUUUUGAGAGCAGACAAAUAACGUAGUAAGAGUUAACCAUUGCAGAAGCAUGCAGAAGGUCUGGACAUGCGCUUCUGUUCCAACUCCCUGACAGCCUAAAAUGAGCAGAACGAUGGGUAAAGUCCUUUUCUGAUUCAUCCUCUCAUGCAAGUAACUGCAGAGAAGUCUUAGUUUUUCACAGUCUUUACCAGUUUAAUGCUUCCCUCAAAAUAUUACCAAUCAUGUAUGUUUGUAUACAUUCAUGUGAAAAAGUAAGUACAGCCCAUGGGCUUUUUUAAAGUAUUUGAAUAGGCAUGCAGUAGAUCUUCAUGCAAACAGUGCCCACAGAUAAAGGUGAUACACUUGAACAAAAACACAAAAUGUUGCCUUUUUAAUCAUUUAUUCAACAAAAAUAGAUGUAGUAAUGGUCUACUAGUGAAAAAGUAAGUACACCCUUGCCAGUAGAAGCUAGUAUUAAGCUUUAGCAGAACUGACUUCUUGUAUGUGUUUUGCAUAACUGCCCACCAGUCUGACAUUGACUCACUAAUUUCUGACCAGUCCUCCUUGCAGAAUCCCUUUAUUUGCAAGAUGUCUGUGAGUUUUUUUUUUUGGCAUGUACUGCCUGUUCCAAAUCCCCCCACAACAUUUCAGUGGGAUUCAAAUCAGGGCUUUGACAGGACCAGUCCAUAACCCUCCAUUUCUUCUUCUUGGUGAAUUUGCUAGUUUUCUUUGUAUCAUUAGGGUGCUGAAAGGUCCACUUCAGGUUCAACUUCAGCUUUUGAACAGAUGGCCUCACAUCCUCCUGGAGCACACUUUGAUGCAAGGCAGAAUUCUGGUUGACCCAGAAUCUUAAGCGGGGAAAGAACCCCAAACCAUAAUCUUUCCACCACCAUGCUUCAUAGCUGGUAUGCGGUCCUUCUUAAAUGCUGUCUUCAUUUUGCACCAGACAUGUCUACUAUUGCUGUGGCCAGACAACUUUAUCUUUGAUUCAUCUGGCCAGAGCACAUUGUUCCAGAGGGCCUGGUUUUACUUGUAUAUUCAAUGGCAAACUGUAGUUUUACUCUAAUGUUCUUCUAGGACAGCAAAUGCUUUUUUUCCUGCAACACCUCGCAUGCAGGUCAAAUUUAUGCAAUCUCUUUCUGAUUGUAGAUGCAUGCGCUUUGACAUCAACUUUUCCAGGAGUUCUGUACAGAAUAGAUCCUAAGGUGAAAUUUUGGGGCUGUUGGAGACUUCUUUGUAGAAGCAACAGGUCAGCUCUUGGACUGGUCUGUCCUGAACAAAUUAGAAGUCGUUUGACAUCUUAUACCACUUGUAGGCGAUGUUCCUUACAGUGAAAUGAUUGGUUUCAAAUAAUUUGAUGAUUUUUUUUUUUAAAGCCCUUGCCAGACUCAGGCACCCACAAGCCUCUUUCUGAGGGCCUUAGAGUGCUCCUUUGACCUUGGCAUGGUGAGAAAACACACAUCAACAGCAAAGAGAAUGCCAGACCUUAGAUAUCAGUGGCUUAAGUAAGGCAGGGUCCACCUGCUAACUGCCUAAGUAGGUUCUCCUCAUUGGCUCCUAAUCUGAAACGCCUGGUUCUAUUUUGAUACGUCUGAAGUGGUGAUUCAGUAAAUGUAGGGGUGUACUUACUUUUUCUAUGGAACAAAUUUAGAUUAUGAGAAUGAUUACACCAUGUCAGAUGCAUGUGCCAUUUGUUCAAGGACAUCACUUUUAUCUGUUUGCCUGUUCAAAAACAUUGAAAGUCCAUUUCCAUAGGGCAUACUUACUGUUUCACGUGACUCACAUCUCAUCAUCGAUGAGAGCCUUGGCCUGGAAAGCGUUCUAUGGAAUUAAAACUGACACUUCAUUUUGUGUUUGCAUUAGACUAUUCACCAAAGUGUUUUUUAUUUUCCUUUCAGUUUCUCAUGUUAGGUUCUGGACUCAUGUAUGACACUUGUUUAAGAGUAUAAGGGCUGUGAGCUGAAGGUCCCAAAGCACACAAUAUAUAAAUGGCACUUUUUAGCUGUUUCGAGGACCCCCGACAAUGCCAACCUAGUACCAAGAAUGGACUUUAAAAGCAGGCAGCAACUCAGUAAGCAAUAUACGGUACAAUGGUGGAUGCAAGUUGUACACAAAAGGAAAUUCUAAAUGAAUAUGCUAGAAUGUUUUAAUGACUGAGGAAUCUUCUCACCAAACCUUAAAUCUAAAGGGCCAGCACAGGUUCAGGCAGGCAGAGAGCUUAAGUAUUCGGGAAAAGGAAUGCAGUGAGGGUGUGGAGGUGUGGGACUCCAAAAAUGUUUUUAGCUGGUAGGUUGGAUGUCAAAACUGAAAAGGCAACAAAGAUAUAAGAGUAGCAUAUCGACUAAGCUGUAUUGGUCAAGUGAAAGUUGAGCGAGUGCGUUUACAUGGGCUGACCUGUUCAGACGUUAGAGAGGGUGACACUGGGAUGCCAGUUUAACCACAUUGCAUUAUUACAGCAGUCUGUUAAGAAGGCUUUCAUCAUAAACACGGCCUGACGGAAUAUUACCUGCAAUAUAUAAAUCUGUUAGUGGUAUGUAUUGGCCUAGCCAAAAAAGUACUUGAGGAAGUAAAGCCACUGCUUGCCAGCGUGUUAAAAAGUGCAUACAGGGUUAACUCUAGAAAUCAUCUGCACUGAGGUGGCAAGAAAAGACGUUAAACAGAAACCUGAGCAAAUGUAGUGUGUGCCACUUCGGUAUUUGUUACAAAAACUGCUCAUUAUGAAAGCCUACUCAUACAUUUUGUAAUUGCCAAGCUAACAGUACGCUCUCCAGGUCUAUUAAGUUUUAAAUGGUAUGAAGACAUCCUUUGUGGAUGGGACUGACAUUUGUUAGAGUGAUGUGUACAUCAGCUGAAAGGUUCACAUUUUCACCCUGAGAACAGCAGUAUAACCACGUGGCACACCAGUCCUUUGGAAACUUUUCUAUGAGAAUGUGGCAUUGUUUUGAAUGGGGAGUGAAGAACAUACUGUCUCUGUGCCCGCUGCCACCUCAUCCCGCUAAAACACUUCCUGUGCCUUUCUUGAACACCGUUGCCUGGUUUCUCUUUCACCCUUAAUUAUCCUGAGAACUGAGGAGUGAGACAAAGUGUCACUUGCGAGGCAGUACUCGCCUUCCUAAUGGCUGGGGCUGGAAUGCUGACAAUUCUGCAGCACUUAACAAGUACGAGCCGCUCAACUCUAUGCACCUCUCCAAAGUUACACAAGCCACCCAAAAACACUAAGCGUGAAGCCCCUGCAUGUGGAGGGAUGCCAUGCUGCCAGCUUGCCUGCCUCUGUGCCCUCCUUGUCUCACACUCAGUCUCGGUAUUUAAUGCUGGGUUUGUAUUUCUUGUUUUUCUUUUUCCUAACUGUACGUGACAGGUUUCGGUAUGUCUCACUUUUUCUAUUGUAUUACAUAGAAGUCCAUGCGUGAUUAUAAAGUCGCAGACACAAGCAACACAACUUUUAAGGGCUCUUUUCAAUAAUUAGAAUGUUAUGCUGCUGUUGCAAAAAGCAUAAAAAUCCUUUGUAAUAUUUUUCAACCACUGUGAUUUGUACAAAAAAAAAAAAAAGGAAACAAAAUACCAUUUCAGUAUUUUAAUGUUGGACUUGACUUUAUUAAAACAUUCAUAAAUUACAUGUGUUGAUGCUUUUAUUACUUGCUCACAACUUUUCAAAGGAGCUGCUGACUUGUUGCAUUCAGAGCCCUGAUUGGCCUCCAUGAUUAAAAGCUGUUUCAAGAUCACAAUACAUUACAAUAGGAAUAGCU